AUGCUCAGAAACAUGGAAGAGGGAGACAGAGAAUGGGAAAACGUGACGGCGGCCAUUUUCAGACAGGCCCAUGCAGAUCUGGAAAUUGAUCCAGGCCAGAUGGGAAAUGUAGCCCCCAUUUCAAACUGUUCAAACGAUGUGCAGUACAUUAAGAGGAGAGACAUCAUUCUGAAGAGGGAACUGGGCGAAGGUGCGUUCGGGAAGGUGUUUCUGGCCGAGUGCUACAACCUCAGCCCCACCAAGGACAAGAUGCUGGUAGCUGUCAAGGCUUUGAAGGACCCAACUCUGGCUGCCCGGAAGGAUUUCCAAAGAGAGGCAGAACUUCUCACCAACCUGCAGCAUGACCACAUUGUAAAGUUCUACGGUGUCUGUGGUGAUGGAGACCCUCUCAUCAUGGUCUUUGAAUACAUGAAACACGGGGACCUGAAUAAGUUCUUGAGGGCACACGGACCAGAUGCGAUGAUUCUGGUGGACGGGCAGCCUCGACAAGCCAAAGGAGAGCUGGGCCUUUCUCAAAUGCUUCACAUUGCAAGUCAGAUAGCCUCGGGGAUGGUUUACCUGGCCUCCCAGCAUUUUGUGCACAGAGACCUGGCGACGAGGAACUGCUUAGUCGGCGUUAACCUGCUGGUGAAGAUUGGAGACUUUGGGAUGUCCAGAGAUGUCUACAGCACCGAUUACUAUAGGGUUGGAGGACACACCAUGCUCCCAAUUCGUUGGAUGCCCCCUGAGAGCAUCAUGUAUCGGAAAUUCACCACUGAGAGUGACGUCUGGAGUUUUGGAGUGAUCCUCUGGGAGAUCUUCACGUACGGGAAACAGCCCUGGUUCCAGCUCUCAAACACAGAGGUGAUCGAGUGCAUCACUCAAGGUCGAGUCUUGGAAAGGCCUCGUGUCUGCCCCAAGGAAGUGUAUGACAUCAUGUUGGGCUGUUGGCAGAGGGAACCUCAGCAACGGCUGAACAUCAAGGAAAUCUACAAGAUCCUUCACGCUCUGGGCAAAGCCACACCGAUCUACCUGGACAUCCUUGGCUAGCAGCGACAGUUUUCCAAAAACCGUUGCUGUGUCUUCUUCCCCAUCCCUACCUCUCCCUUGACCUCAAGCCAACAUAUUCAUACAAACUCAAGUGCCUGCUACACAUACAACACUGGAAAACACACACCCAACAAAAAAGACAAGACAUAGAGAGUCGUCCCCCACCCCCAACAAUCAACCUGUAAGGCAGUUUGGCUUAUAUAUGUUUAGAGGUAAUAUAUAGAAAGAGAUAUACCAUAUAGAAAGGAACUACUGGUGCAGGGGAAAAGGGUGUAAAAAUGUUCCAAGCAGAAAGGAAGUGAGGGAGCAAGCAAUCUUUAUGGUAAUUUAAACAUUUUUCUUUAACUGAGUCUUGAACCAUAAACCCUAUAGUGAUCUUUUGCGUCCAACCAUUGGCAAGAACGGAGAGGGAUGGCGGCAUGGUCUUGCCCUAUCUCAUCAGAUCUCAGAAACUAAACAUGGAUGGGAGACCACCAAGGAAGACUGUUAGAGGAAGGUGAUGGCAAACCACCUCGGCUUCUCCUUUGCUUGGAAAACCCCUUGCUGCAGUUUCUGUAAGUCACUUGUGAUUUGAUGGUACUUAGGUUCACUGUUGGUCAGAGAACAAGCCGCUUGGGAAUACAGAGAAACAAUCCCAUGAAAGGAGCAACAGCUGAAGAGAGACCAUGCCUGACCCACAGCUGAAUUUUGUAAACUCGCCCUCAAUGCAGAUGUCGCAAAAACCGAAUUUUGAACUGGGAUAAUCCCCCUGGUGGAACCUCCUUUUAUUGCUCCUGCCCAGCACCCCGAUCUUUCCUUCCCUCUAGUCUUCAUCGUUGUCCUGCCCUCCAACCUGCGAACGUAUAAGCAGUUUUGGAAAACAAAAGAUGCGGGUCACAAAUGGGUAAAAGAACACCAGGGAAAACACAACGGCGCCGUGGGGUUUUGUUUUCUUAUCUCCCCACCUUGGGUGUUUUUUGUAACAAAAUCCGGAUCCUGAGAAAAGGGCUGAACGGCAGAGCAGCUGCUUGAAAGAGCCAUACAGAGAAAGGCACGACAGGAUACAACCACCCUCCUGGAUAUUGCCUCUGGAGUUAACCCUCCCUCUACACAAAGAUCCAGCAUUCACAGCUGUGACCUCACAGCUCUCUCUCCCUGAUAGGGUGGCCUGGAAACCAUGUGAUCCUCAGACGUGGUCCGGGGAGAAGGACUGACAGGCUGGUCCUUUCCUACGCACGCCCAGACCAAAUGUGACCCUUUUAUAAUUGCCGUCCUUGAUAAUUUAUAGAACCCUUUUUCAUAUACAAAGCCCUUUGCGAAUCUACACUUGCCAAACCUUCAGCCAACUUUGGAUGGUCGGUCUUGCCUGCUCCCGUUCUGAGAGGGGAAGAGAGUGAGGGGCUGACUUGGCCAGGGGCCACACAGUGAGUUGACAGUGAAGCACAAAGUCGGACCCAGAUCUGCGUCUGCAUACACUGUGCCCUGCAUCACACUUCCUCUUCUACGGUGUCAUCCCAACAAGGAGCUGGGUGUAUUUUCCCCCCUUCGACUUCAUUUUCAGAUCUGCCUGUCUUACCAACUGGCCUUCUUGAAGGGCAGAGCUCUUCCAGUGGGUCUCUUUCCCUCCCAUCCUGUUUCUCUAGCCCUUUCUGCCUCUAUUUAUGAUCCAGGGUUUGUAGGGAGGCAGAGGGCGAGUGGAGGCACCUCCAAGCGCCUGCCCCUUUCUUCUUUCCCGCAUGGCUGCCAUUCCUCUCCCAUUAGUGGAAGCCUUGAAAGGGUUGAUGCAUCUGCUCUGGAACUGUUGGGAAAGUUUGGAGGCUGAAACUCAAGCUUCAUAGGGAGGGAGGGGAAGGCAGGUGCUUUGGGAGGGAAGCGGUUCAGCAAAUCGCCCCAGUGGCCAACCUUGCACCUCACUGGGAAUGGAGCUUUUACUGGGGCAUAGAAGAGCCUCGUCUUCCUCCUGCCCAUUGACAGAAGGAUCAGAAUGUUCAGGAAAGAGGGUUGCACUCCAGUCAGAUGCCGGCUUGUGGGCAUCUACCAUUUAUGUGUGUUUUUUUCAUGCGCUAGUGAAGGGCAUUGUACAGGGGAGACAGCAAAGGGAUGAUGAGCCCCAGAGCCAUUGUGAAGCCAUUUUUUAACAAAUCUUUUUGUGCAAAAUGCAGCAUCUGAAAACGAGGCAGUGUGAUGCCCCCAAAACGACCCCCUCCAAGCUCCCCAUAAAACUAUUUGAGGAGCCAACUCAACAUUUGUGUAGGCUAGGGCUGCAAGCACUGGGUUGGGA